GUGUUCGCGUGACCUACAAAACCGCGUGAGGGUUGGCUGUCGUUUUUAAAUGAAUGCUGGCUUGACCGCAGUCAUUUGCAGACAGUUUAUGAAGGAGUUGUAAAAUAUGGACAGCCUUUCUCACUGUGACGUAAUCGGCCUACAAAUCCUGCCUUCUAAGGACGCAGCCUCUGAAAUUGGACGCACCCUUUUGUGGUCUCUCGCACUUUUUUAUCUGGAAAAGAAAGAAGGAUAUUUGACUUGAAACUGGUUGGAGAAUAACGUUUACAGCAACACGAGAAGAGAUUCAAGAACCUUGGUAAUAAUGUCUCAAAUGGAUUAUUUACUGGCCAGUUCUGAAGAAAGAUGUUGCUAUAGGUUCUGUAGAACAUCCCGUUUGCCAAAUUGUGGGUACGCCGUUUCUGAUCAUCUCUCACCCGUUCCCCUUAAUAAUCCCUGGUGUCGAGUCCUUCAGAAUUAACUAAUCAAACCCAGAGGGAUUUACAUCACUACCACCUUUUCAAGAAUGGACCAUGACAGAAAGAUCAUGAUUUGUUGGAUUUUAGCUGCUGUUUUCAGCCCUGUGUUUGGAGAAGAAAACUGGAAGGCCACUGUUGUAAAAACCAUUGAGGCUUUGGUCGGCUCUUGUGUUGUGCUGCCCUGUACCUUCACUCAUCCUGAGGGUCAACUGCCUAACUCCAGACUCAGGGGCAUCUGGCAUCGUAAUGAUGACAACAAUGAGAUGUUAUACCAUGAGGAUGAAACAAAGAUACAGGACAGCUUUAAGGACCGAACAAAGUUGCUGGGAUACCUGGGUGAUGACAACUGCACCUUAGAAAUUGAUGAUGUUAAAGAUCAUGACAACGGCCCUUUCUGUUUCCGGGUUGAAUUAGUGGAAAAAGACGACAACAAACCCACUCCUAAAAUGUUCUCCUUUGUUGAGGAAUGUGCUGAAAUCAAAAUGCUCCAUGACCCACGUAAACCCAAAUUCGGUCCACUGAAGCCAGCUGUUGAAGGAAAACCUUACACUGUCACCUGUUCCAUCCGCCACACCUGCGCCUCCCAUUGGCCUGAAAUUACAUGGAGUCGGGGAAGUAAGGAUGACAUCAUUGAAGUCCAUAAAGACAUUAAUGGAGGGAUCUGGGAAACAGAGUCCAUCCUGGCGUUCAUUCCUGAGGAGAAGGAUGACCACACCAACCUCACCUGUACAGCAAAAUUUCACGGAGGGAAGAGCUCCUCCACUGCUUUCAUGCUCAACGUGAAGCGCAUGGAAAACUACAACCACAUCAUCAUUUCUGUUGUUGCGGUAGCUGCCACCGCUGUGAUCUUUGGACUCGUCUGUGUUUUGAUGGUGAAAAAGUACAAGAAACGUAUUCAAGAACUUCAAAGUCGGGAUGGCAGCCAGCAACCCCCCAAUUACAAAAAGGACAAUGAUGACAAUGAUGCCUAGAACACUGCAGACCUGAAUGUUUAUGGAAAUAUAUAAACGCUUAAGAGUAGCUUUUCAAUGUAAUCAUCAGAAUCCUUUGUUUUAAGUAGCUGAUUUAAGGAACACACUUUACACAUACAGAUUACAGGUUUAACAAGCUAUGCUAUCGUUAAUACAUUUGUAAUGCCCUUCGCAACUGUUGAUACCAUUACUCAUUUGAUAUUUGAUUUAUAUGGCAAAUAUUAUGUACAUAUACAUGAAAAUAAAUAUUUGAAAAGAAAAUAUAAGCUUUGGAUAUAAAAAAAAAGCAGAUGUUUUGUUGGCACUCAUAUUGUGGCAAUAAACCUAAUACUGCUAAAAUAUCAACAUUGGGGACCUUGUAUUUCUCAAUUGAAGAGCUGGUGCACCAGAUACAGAGGUCAUCAGUCUCUUGAGCAGCUGUGCCAGAUUUUACUCCUGACCCUGGACCAUGUAUGGCAUCAUUUUUUAAAUAAAUAUUUGCAUUUAAAA